AUGAUUACAUGGCGUUGGAUAAUUCAUCCAGAUUCUCAUUCAACAGUAACAAGUGAUACAACAACAUCCGAAACAACAAAAUUAGAUGAAAAUGGUGAAACAGCUACAACAACUAAAACAAUUGUUGAAAAACAUACUAUAAAAACAACAACUGCCGUUGAUACUGUACCACCAGCUGACGGAGCAGAUACUGGUGCUGAUGUUAAACAACGUCUUAUUCCAACAUUAGAUCCAACUUUACCACCAGGUGUAAUACAGGGUCCAUUGAAAACUCGAGAAUUAUUUGUUAAAUAUGAUGGUUUAUCAUAUUGGACAUGUGAAUGGUUACCUGAAUUACAAGUUGAAGUACAUCAAUCAUCAUUAUGGCGUUGUUAUAUAAAAAAAAUUAGUGAUGCUAAACAACCACAACCAACAAUUGAUGCUGAUGGUGAAAUUGAAGAAGAUGAAGAAGUAUCAAGACGUUAUUAUAAUCCUAAAUUAGAACAAAGAUAUUAUAAAAAUGGUGUACGACCGGAAUGGCUUUGUGUACAUCGAAUAAUAAAUCAUCAAAAAGAAAAAGGUACACCAAUGUAUUAUUUAGUUAAAUGGAGAGAAUUAGGUUAUGAUCAAGCAACAUGGGAACUUGAAAAAGAUGGAGAAUAUACACAUGAAAUUGAAAAUUGGCAACAACAUAUUGAUAAUUAUUGGAAAUUAAGAAAUGGUUCUGAUGCUGAAGAGAAGAAAAAGAAAAAACCAGUUUCAUCGAAAACAACACGUCGUUCAAAUCGUGAACUUGAAGAAGCUCGUUCAGUUGAUGCAAAUGGAGAUUCAGGUGAUGAAUAUGAACGUUCAGGAAAAUAUCCACCACCACGUAAACGUUAUGAAAAACAACCUGAUUUUGUUGAUGUCACUGGUGGUACACUUCAUCCAUAUCAAUUAGAAGGUUUAAAUUGGUUACGUUUUUCAUUUUCACAAAAUACGGAUGUUAUUCUUGCUGAUGAAAUGGAAGGUCUUUCACGUGGACCAUUUCUAAUUAGUGCACCAUUAGCAACUAUUAUUAAUUGGGAAAGAGAAUUUGAAUAUUGGGCACCAGAUAUGUAUGUUGUUACUUAUACUGGAGAUAAAGAAGCAAGAUCAGUUAUUCGCAGAAAUGAAUUUUCAUUUGAAGAUGAUGCAAUUCGUGCUGGUCCACGUGCAAGUAAAAUUCGUAGUGGUGCCAAAGUUAAAUUUCAUGCAUUAUUAACUUCAUAUGAAUUAGUUAGUGUUGAUUCAGCAACAUUAAAUUCAGUUGAUUGGUCUGUUUUAGUUAUUGAUGAAGCACAUCGUUUAAAAAAUAAUCAAUCAAGAUUUUUUCGAACAUUAUUUGAAUUUAGUAUUGGUUAUAAAGUUCUUCUUACUGGUACACCAUUACAAAAUAAUCUUGAAGAACUUUAUCAUUUAUUAAACUUUUUAAAACCAGAUAAAUUUAGUGAUAUGGAUGGUUUUCUUAAAGAAUUUAGUGAUCUAGCUAAAGAUGAACAAGUUGCUAAAUUACAUGACAUCUUAGGUUCACAUAUGUUACGUCGUUUAAAAGCUGAUGUUUUAAAAAAUAUGCCAACUAAAUCGGAAUUUAUUGUACGUGUUGAAUUAAGUCCUGUGCAAAAGAAAUAUUAUCGUGCUAUAUUAACGAAAAAUUUUGAUGCUUUAAAUGUCAAAGGUGGUGGUGGACAAGUUUCAUUAUUAAAUAUAGUUAUGGAAUUAAAAAAAUGUUCCAAUCAUCCAUAUUUAUUACCUGCUGGACAGUUUGAAGCACCACGUACAGCAAAUUUAGCUUAUGAAGGUACAGCAUUAACAAAAGCAAGUGGAAAAUUAGAUUUAUUAGCUAAAAUGUUAAAAAUAUUAAAAGAACAAGGACAUCGUGUUUUAAUCUUUUCACAAAUGACAAGAAUGUUAGAUAUAUUAGAAGAUUUUCUUGAAUAUUAUGGUUAUAAAUAUGAACGUAUGGAUGGUAAAACAGGUGGUUCAGAUAGACAAGAUGCAAUUGAUCGUUUUAAUGCGCCAGGUGCCGAACAAUUUUGCUUUUUACUUUCAACACGUUCCGGUGGUCUCGGAAUUAAUUUAGCUACAGCUGAUACAGUUAUUAUUUAUGACAGUGAUUGGAAUCCACAUAAUGAUAUUCAAGCUCUUUCACGUGCACAUCGUAUUGGUCAACAAAAUAAAGUAAUGAUAUAUCGUUUUGUUACUCGUGAUUCCGUCGAAGAACGUAUAACACAAGUUGCUAAGAAAAAAAUGAUGUUAACACAUUUAGUUGUUCGACCAGGUGCUGGCCGUGGUACAAAUAUGAGUAAAAAAGAAUUAGAUGAUAUCUUACGUUUUGGUACUGAAGAUUUAUUUAAAGAUGAAGAUGAAGUUGUAGGAAAUGGUGAAGGUGGUGGUGGUGAAGCUGCUAGUAGUGCAAGAAUUCAUUAUGAUGAUCAAGCUAUUGAAAGAUUACUUGAUCGUUCACAAGAAGGCAUACAAGAGAAAGAAGAAGGUCUUAAUGAAUAUUUAUCAAGUUUUAAAGUUGCAUCCUAUGGUACACGUGAAGGAAAUGAUGAAGAUGAAGAAGAUAUACGUGAACAACCAGCAACAACAACAGUUGAUGAAAAUCUUGAUCAAUACUAUUGGGAUAGAUUAUUACGUGUACAAUUUGAACAAGAUCGUGAAUUAGAAAGUCAUGCAUAUGGAAAAGGUAAACGUACAAGACGUCAACUUAAUUAUGCUGUACCAAAUAAUGAUGAAAAUUGGAAUGAACAUAAUUCAGAUAUAGCCAGUGAAUAUGAAGCACCAUCAGCUGGUGGUGGUGAAGAUGAAGAUGGUGAUUUUGAUGGCACAUAUAAUCAAGGACGUAAAUCAGGACGUGAACGUCCAUUACCACCAUUAAUAUCUAAAUCAGGUACAAAUAUUGAAAUCUUAGGUUUUAAUCCACGACAACGUAAAGCAUUUUUAAAUGCAAUUAUGCGUUUUGGUAUACCACCACCUGAUGCAUUUAAAUCUCAAUGGUUAGUUAGAGAUUUACGUUGUAAAACCGAAAAAGAAUUUCGUGCAUAUGUUUCAUUAUUUAUGAAACAUUUAUGUGAAAAUGUUACAGAUAAUGCAGAUACAUUUUCUGAUGGUGUACCACGAGAAGGUCUAUCUCGACAUCAUGUUCUAUCACGUAUUGGUAUAAUGUCAUUAAUACGAAAGAAAGUUCAAGAAUUUGAAAAUAUUAAUGGAUUAUGGUCGAUAUCUGAACAAGUUCCAAAUGAUAUAAAGGAUGAAUCAGAUGAUGUAAAAUCAUCAACAACAAUAAAUAAAACAGCAAGUAGUACAAGUGUUGCAUCAAGUGAAAAUACAACAAAUAUUCAAGCUUCUGAAUCUAUUGAACAGGCAACAAGUGGUACACCAUUAAAUGAAAUAUUAGCUAGUGGAUCAAGUAAUAAUUUAAUUGGUGAAUCAAUGAGUUUAAGUGAUUUAAUUCCUAUUAAAAAUGAAAUAAGUAAUGAUGUAGAAAUGAAAGAUACUGAAGACAAUAAAUCAAAUAAUGAAAAACAAACUAUUGACGAGAAACCAGAUAUAGCUGAAUUAAAUGUCAAUACAUCACAAAAAGAAUCUUCGAAAUCAUCAACACAUCGUAAAUCGAAUUAUGUUCGUAAUGAUAAAUUAAAAGAUUAUAAAUUUAUGUUUAAUAUUGCUGAUGGUGGUUUCACUGAACUUCAUUCAUUAUGGUUAAAUGAACAACGUGCAUUAGUACCAAAUCAUGAACAAGAAAUUUGGCAUCGUCGUCAUGAUUAUUGGUUAUUAGCUGGUAUUGUAACACAUGGUUAUUCACGUUGGCAAGAUAUACAAUUAGAUCCGAAAUUUACGAUUAUAAAUGAACCAUUUAAAAUGGAUGUGGGAAAAGGAAAUUUUCUUGAAAUGAAAAAUAAAUUUUUAGCACGUCGUUUUAAAUUAUUAGAACAAGCACUUGUUAUUGAAGAACAAUUACGUCGUGCAGCUUUCUUAGGUUUAGCUAUGGAACAAACAAAUCCUGCAUUAACAUUAUCACAACGUUUUAGUGAAGUUGAAUGUUUAGCUGAAUGUCAUCAACAUCUAUCAAAAGAAUCAUUAACUGGAAAUAAACCGGCUAAUGCUGUACUUAAUAAAGUUCUUACACAAUUAGAAGAACUAUUAAAUGAUAUGAAACAAGAAAUCAAUAAAUUACCAGCUACAUUAGCAAGAUUACCACCAGUAUCACAAAGACUUAAUAUGUCAGAACGAAGUAUACUUUCACGUUUACCUAAUGGUCAAAAUCAACAAUCAUCAACAACAGUAACAAAUGGAAAUGGUCAUGCUUAUGCAAAUUAUUCGAAUUUUAUUGGACCAUUUGCAUUACCCGCUGGUGGUGGAACUAAUAAUACUAAUAAACCAACUUCUUCAUCAUCUACUACAUCUGUCGAUUCGUCAUCAACUCGAAUGAAAUCUUCAACAUCUAGUAAUAAUAUAUCUUAA